AUGGUGGCUGUUGGAUCGCUGCAAGAGUUGCAAGUAUGGUCCUCGGCGGAAAAACAGCAUAUCAACCCACAGGCUGAUAUAAAACGUGGGAGGUUGUUACAGCUCAAGAAACAAGAGGAAAAUAUGGCCGCGGCGAGCAGGUUCAAGCUUAAGGUGGACAAUGAGAACAAGGCGAAGUCCUUCAGGCUCUUCUCCUUCGCCAACCCGUACAUGCGAGCCUUCCACUUCCCGUGGAUCUCUUUCAUCUGCUUUGUAUCCACCUUUGCCGCAGCGCCAUUGGUGCCUAUCGUAGGUGACAACCUCAGCCUCGUCAAGACCGACUUUGAAAAUGGUGCAUUUGCGUCCUUGUCAGGCUCCAUCUUCUCCAAACUCGCUAUGGAAGUCAUAUUUGACCUCGUCGGCCCACGCUACGGUUGUGCUUUCCUCGUCAUGCUCACCGCACCCAUCGUGUCAUGCAUGUCACCCAUCGACAAUGCAGCAGGGUAUAUCACUGUCCGCUUCCUAACCGGAUUCUCCCUCGCCACGUUUGUGUCGUGCCAGAAUUUGAUAAGGACCAUGUUCAACAUGAACAUGAUCUUCGCCAUCAACGGAUGUUUUGCGGGGCGGGGGAACAUGGGUGGAGGUGCCACGCAACUCUUCAUGCCUCUCUUUAUCCACCCCAUCAAGAUUUGUGGAGCCACAACCUUUGUUGCAUGGCGCAUCACCUACUUUAUGCCUGGGAUGAUGCACAUCGUGAUGGGUAUCCUCGUGCUCAUAUUGAGGCAAGAUCUCCUCGACGACAACUUCUUCAGACUCCGUAAUGAUAUAGACACGAAGAAAUAUAGCAUUUCCAAGGUCUUAUUGGACGCUGCCACCAACUACCGAACAUGGGUGUUUGUCCUCCUCUAUGCCUACUGCAUGGGCGUCGAGCUCAAUGCCAACAAUAUCAUCGCCGAGUACUACUUCGACCAUUUUCACCUAGACCUCAGCACCGCCUGCACAAUCGCCGCCUCCUUUAUUAUGGCAAACAUCAUCGCUCAACCCAUGGUGGGCUACCUCUCCGACCUUGGUUCCAACUACUUUGGUAUGCGUGCACGGCUCUGGAACAUCUGGAUCCUGCAGACCGCCGGUAGCGCGUUCUGCCUCUGGCUCGGUCGUGCCUCCGCUCUUCCAUCAUCUAUCACUAGCAUGGUCCUUUUCUCCAAUUGUGCCCAGGCUGCUGCAUUUGUCGUCAUCUUUGGCCUCGCCCCCUUCGUCUUCUGGCGGUCUCUCGGCAUCAUCUCCGGAAUGACCGACGAUGGUGACAAUUUUGUCCCGGGGCUCAUGCAACUGCUCUCCCUCAAGUUGCCGUGCAUUUUGACUAUCGCCAAACAGUCCGUCUCCAAGAUCAAGGGUUGGUUACACCACUGCAUCGCCAAGGAUAAACCCUCCCUUAGAGUGCUUAGUUCAGCUUCAAGUGCAUCUAUACAGUUAGGAGCAUCCAUUCGUCAGCUCUCAAUUCCAGAAGUGAAAACAAUGUAUGUGUGCGGCCUCUAG